CUGUACUCUACUACACCUCUCGACAUCUUCUUCUUCUACUUCUUCUUCUUCUUCUUCUACUACUACUUCUUCUUCUACUCAGCAUCCGUCGCAACCAUCUCAGAUAAGCAGAGGUUUAGGGCAUCCACUCCACGAGCCUCGAUCCCAGCCAAAUCCGCCUGAUUCUAGACCUCUUCCGCAUCUCAAUUGCUGUGGUGCUGGUUCCAGGCUGAUUUGAUUUGAUUCAAUUCCAGUCGAAGCAGCUUCUAUUACUCUCAAGAACAAGCAAACAACUCUCUGCUACUUCCAUGCGCGCUUCUCUGCCGCGAUUCGCCCCUCCCUCGUCCAUCAACCACUACGCCGCCCUCAACCUCCCCCUCACCGCGACCGCGCCAGAGAUCAAGAAGCAGUUCUACCGGCUCUCCAAAGAAUUCCACCCCGACCGCGUCCUCCACCGCUCGGCGCCAGACCGCGCACGCGCCCGAUCCAGGUUCGAUGCCGUCUCGGAGGCGUACUCGGUCCUCGGCCACGCGGACCGGAAGCGGGAGUACGACGAGCGCAUGAGAGCCUCGUUCGCGGCGAAUACUGCUGCCGGAUACUCUUCCUCUUCGUCAGGAACGAACCCGUAUUAUCGCACGCCGGGCGAGCGGCGGUCGCAGCACUACUCGGGUCUGAACCGCACGCGCACGCGAGCGCGCACGCAGACCACUCAGCAGACGGCGGCGGACCAGCGCGGGUCGGGCGAGUAUGGCCAGUACGAGACUGUUUUCGGACGACGGGUGCCGAGGGGGUCGCAUCCUUAUAAUCCGAUGAAUAGCGGGUUGGGAGGGGGGUAUGCGACGGGGUUGAAUGACGACGUGCCGCAUUUUGAUUAUGAGAAACAUAUGAAGCAGCAGCAGGCGUAUGAGCAGUUCAGGACGUUGAGAGCGGAAGCGCGAGCACAACCGCACACAUACGCGCGCUCGUCGUCAUACAGCGCGAGCACGCGGCACGGCACAAACCUCGCGUCGGACUCCGACCGGAGCAUGUCGACGCCCGCUGUCGUGGGCGUGCUGGGCGUGGUCUCGCUUACGAUGUAUUUGACUGUGUCUGUGAGUGGGAUUAUAGGGUGAGAGAGAUGAGAGAGAUGAGAUGAGGAGAUGAGGAUGAAUAGUAAGAAAAAAAGAAGAGUUGCAGAGAUCUGUUUUAUGAAUCGUUAUGUUUUGUUUUGUAUUCUUCGCUGGUUGGAAGCGAACAGCAUCAGGAUUUGCAUUUAGGAGGGAAGCAGCAGGAUUCAAGCUGCCGGAGUUUGCCAUUGAUAUUAUGAUUGUUGAAUUAUAUACAAUAUAUACAACAUAUACAACAUAUACAAUAUACACAAUACAUAAAAGACUACAAAAGAAUAUAACUACGAUAACAGAGAAUAAGGCAAUUGAAGCAACAGAGCGAAUUGAACCGAAGCCGGACGCAGAGCCGCGGCGGGUCCGAAAGCCAAAGUGCGUGAACUCCCACCUCAUCA